AUGACUCGCUACGGCCACAACACCGAAUUCCAGCAGCAAGCUCCCUUCCCUCAGGGCGGCGAUGAACGCCGUAAUGAGCAGGGUGGCUACCAGCAAGGCGGAUAUCAGCAAAACGACCGCCAGCAAUAUGGUCAACAGCAAGGUGGCUAUGGUGGUCCCCCACCAGGAUACCAGCAAGGCCAAGGAGAGGCACAGUCCUAUUACUCCGAGUCCCAGCAGAGCCAGCAACACCAAUACCCACCAUCUGGAUCUGGACCUGGGCAAUAUCAACAGGGUCCUCCUCACGGCUCAGGCCCUCGUGAUCAGUUCAACGACGGCGAUGGCCAAGAGGGCGAGCGUGGCUUCAUGGGAGCUGUAGCCGGUGGUGCAGCUGGUGCUUUCGGUGGUCACAAGAUUGGCGGAGCGACCGGACACAGUAAGUCAAGCACCAUCAUCGGUGCUUUGGCAGGAGCCUUCAGUGGUCAUAAGCUACAGGAUGCCGCCGAAGACUGGAAGGAUGAUAGGGACGAGAAGAAGGAGGAAGAAAAGAAGAGGGAAGAGGAAGAGAAGAGGAGAAAGGAGGAAAAGAAGCGAAGGGAAGAGGAGGACAAGCACAGACGAGAUGACGACCGUUACAGUUCUCAUCACCGUCGUCGAAGCUCUUCCUCCCGUCGCCGAAGCCGAAGCCGCAGCUCUUCUCGUGGCUCCAACCGACGCCGCUCUGGACACUACGCCGGCAACUUCACCGCCUCGUCUCGGGAUAUCAGACUCGAUACUCAUGGUGAAUAUGUCCUGCACGCUUCCUGCAAGCGUGAGAAUGGCGACUACCAGCACACAUCCAUCUCCCUCAACAAGCUACUGGAGAACGACCGAGGAAGCUUCCGUUGGUCGGCUGGAGGCCAUCACGGUGGCUCUUCUCAGGUUACGGUCCAGCAAGGAGACACUCUCCGAGGCAUUGCUGCCCGAUUCAACACUUCAUUCGAUGAGAUUGCUCGACACAACAACAUCACCAACCCUGAUCUGAUUUACCCAGGACAGACCCUCUCGAUCCCUGGCGGUGGCAGCCAAGGUGGUGGUGGAUUUGGAAACUCGGCGCGACAUGUGCGUCUUGUUGAUGGAGGUCAGAGGCUAGAGGGUGAGCUGUCUCGCGAUGGUGAUUGGGUUCUGAGCUCCAUCAUCCUUGACGAGCGGAUCAGAAACUUCAACGGUACAUUGGAGCUGGUCUAG